GCAGCAGGUUCCUCCUCAGUGCUCCUCUCUGCUGCAGCCCUCACCAGGCUCUCCGUGUCCUCCAACAUGGCCUCCUACAGCUCCUCCGCUCAGACCGCCUCCUCCUACCGCCGCACCUUCGGCCACGGCACCUACGCCUCGCCCUCCCUCAACCGCUCGCUGCUGGGCCACAGCGGCGGCGGCGGGGCCCACACCACCUCCAGGGUCUACGAGGUGACCCGGACCAGGUCGACGCCGGCCUACCGGGUCUCCUCCAGCUACUACGGCGGGCCGCUGGCGUCGUCGAGGGCCUCCGUCGCCCGCACCUACGCCGGCAUGGGCGAGACCCUGGACUUCAGCCUGGCGGACGCCCUCAACCAGGAGUUCCUGACCACGCGGACCAACGAGAAGGCGGAGCUGCAGCACCUGAACGACCGCUUCGCCAGCUACAUCGAGAAGGUCCGCUUCCUGGAGCAGCAGAACCAGGCGCUGGCGGUGGAGGUGGAGCGGCUGCGCGGCCGCGAGCCGACGCGCAUCGCCGACCUGUACGAGGAGGAGAUGAGCGAGCUGAGGCGGCAGGUGGAGAUCCUGACCAAUCAGAGGUCGCGCAUCGAGGUGGAGCGGGACAACCUGGCCGACGACCUGGACAAGCUCAAACUCAGACUCCAGGAGGAGAUUCUCCAGAAAGAGGAAGCAGAAAAUAACCUGGCUGCUUUCAGGGCGGACGUGGACGCUGCCACUCUGGCUCGUCUGGACCUGGAGAGACGCAUCGAGACGCUGCAGGAGGAGAUCGCCUUCCUGAAGAAGAUCCACGAGGAGGAGAUCCGCGAACUGCAGACCCAGAUGCAGGAGACUCAGGUCCAGAUCCAGAUGGACAUGUCCAAGCCAGACCUGACGGCGGCGCUGAGAGACAUCAGAGCCCAGUACGAAGGCAUCGCCGCCAAGAACAUCGCAGAGGCCGAGGACUGGUACAAGUCCAAGGUGUCUGACCUGAACCAGGCGGUGAGUAAGAACAACGAGGCCCUGAAGCAGGCCCGGCAGGAGACCAUGGAGUUCAGACACCAGAUCCAGGCCUACACCUGUGAGAUCGACUCACUCAAAGGCACCAACGAGUCCCUGAUGAGGCAGAUGAGGGACAUGGAGGACCGCCACGGGCGUGAGGCCGGCGGCUUCCAGGACACCAUUGCCCGGCUGGAGGCGGAGAUCGCCAACAUGAAGGACGAGAUGGCGCGCCACCUCCGCGAAUACCAGGACCUGCUCAACGUCAAGAUGGCGCUGGACGUGGAGAUCGCCACCUACAGGAAGCUGCUGGAGGGGGAGGAGAGCAGGAUUGCCUUGCCUGUGCAGAGCUACUCCACCCUGAGCUUCCGAGAGACCAGCCCUGAACACCAGCAGCGCGCCUCUGAGAUGCAUUCAAAGAAAACCGUCCUUAUCAAGACCAUCGAGACCCGCGACGGAGAGGUCGUCAGCGAGUCGACGCAGCACCAGCAAGACAUCAUGUAAUCAUCUGCAGAAGAAACAAAACAAGAAACACACACCCGUCCUUCCCUGAGCUGGACAGAUGAAGAAAACAUUAAUGCACAAAUAAAACGAAGCAAAAAGACUUUACAAACUCA